AUGCCCCAGCAAUACGAACGCCGCUUAAGACCCUGGUUUUCUGCGAGGAAAAACAGAGGAUCAUAUCGCCUUAGCCGCACAAGUUUUGCUGCUCCUUACAUUGUAGAUUCACUUUUCCUAUAUUUUGUUUUCGUUUCUUUUAAUGGUUCCUUGUGUCAUUUCUUAAUUCUUUCUUUCUAUCAUUUCCCCUUUAAUUUCUUCUUUUUAUUAAUGGAUUUUCUUUUAUUCCGCCUACACAUUCUUUUCGUCUUAUUUCUCUUUCACUUUUUUCUGUCUUUCUUUUUCUUUUCUUCUUUCACUUUAUUUCUCUUUCUUUCCUUCCUUCCUUCCUUCUUUCUUUCUUUCUUUCUUUCUUUUUUCUUUCUUUCUUUCUUUGCUGAUUCAUUCUCUCUUUCUUUCUCACUCAUAUCUUAUCUUUCCGUCUUUUCACUCUUUAUCUUUUUCUUUCACACAUCUCUUCUUUCUUUCUUUCUUUUUUUCUAUAUUUUUCUUUUUUCACACGCUUAUCUCUUACCUCUUUCUUUCUCACUCAUUCCUUAUGAUUUAUAUUUCUUACCACCCCUAUCUCUGCUUUUGUCCAUUCUUCUUCUUUCUCUUUCACCUUCCUUUUCCUCAGCAAUUCUACAUACAAGCAAGAGAAUUUUGUGGAUUUCUCUCUUAAAUUACUUUUCUUUCAUCUUUUCUCUGAAUUCUUUUUUUCUUCUUCCUUCUCUUUCCCCUGCUCGCCUUCACUAUCUUUCUGUGACUCAUUUUCAUGCUUUGAAAUAUUUGUUUAACGAUUUAAGAAUUUUAUUGCUGCAACUUCAUUGCUUUAUGCAUUCAUGUUUUGUUUUUUUUUUUCGAUUUCUAUAUCUUGAACUUUCCUUCAUAUCAUCUCUCGAUAUUUUUUUUUCGUUUUCAUUCUUUGCUAUUCCCUUCUUUCUUUUUCUUUCUUUGCUUCCAUCACUCAUUCUCUUCUUAUUCUUAAUUUCAUUUUUCUUUUUUCCUCCCUUUUUUAAAAAUCUUGUUCAGUUUUUUCUUUCUUUUUUAUUAUUUUCGUCUAUAAUAAUUUGUUUCAUUUUUCUCUCUUCCUUUUUGUCCUCUUUCUUUUUUCUCUGUCUCCUUCAGUAUUUAUUUUUUCUUUCUUUUUUAUUUAUUUAUUAUUCUCUCAUUUCUUUCAUUUUUAUGCUUUUUUUUUCCUUUCUUUUCUUUUUAUCUUCUCUUUCGUUUUAUCCCCCGUGUUUCUUUCUUGUCUAA